UAAAUUAGUCGUCGUGUUUAUAUUAUAUUAAAAUUAUAUUUAACAUCUUGAUUAUGUUAAAGUUCGCAUCUUUGUUAAUUUAUUGUUUCGUCGCAAUUACAAUUACGAUUGAGGCCUACGAAAUUCCGGGUGCAAAAUUUAAAAUAUUUUAUCCAAAAGGCUUUGAAGUUUCAAUUCCUGCUGAUGAAAAUGUUACUUUAUUUGCUUUUCAUGGCAAACUAAAUGAACCUUUAAAUGGCUUAGAAGCUGGUAGAUGGUCACAAGAUAUUCUAAAACCUACAAAUGGAAGAUUUAUAUUCAAAGACAGUGAAACUAGUUUAAAAUUUGGUGAUCAAAUAUUUUAUUGGACUUUUGCUAUAAACAAUGGUUUAGGUUAUAGAGAAGAUAAUGGUGUUUAUUAUGUUCGAGAGUAUUCAAAUUUAAGAAAAGAACCAACCGGUGAUUAUAUAGUUCCCAAAGCUGAAUUUAAAAUAUUUUAUCCAAAAGGUUUUGAAGUUUCUAUUCCUGCUAAAGAAAAUGUAACUCUAUUUGCUUUUCAUGGAAAACUUAACGAAAGAAUGAAUGGCUUGGAAGCUGGACAAUGGUCAAUAGAUAUAUCGAGACCAAUUAAUGGAAGAUUUGUGUUUGAAGAUCGUGAAGCUAGUUUAAAAUUGGGAGAUGUUAUUUACUUUUGGACUUUUGUCAUAAACAAUCGUCAAGGCUAUAGAGAAGAUGAUGGAGCGUUUGUGAUCAGCGAAUAUAAUAAUCUGAACGAACACACGACUCCUAUAACAAAGUUAGUACCGAUUGAAUACAAAGUUCCAAAAGCUGAAUUUAAAAUAUUUCAACCUCAAGGCUUUGAAGUCUCCAUUCCUGCUGAAGAAGGUGUAACUUUGUUUGCUUUUCAUGGUAAACUUAACGAAAGAAUGAGAGGUUUAGAAGCUGGUAAAUGGUCAAGUGAUGUUACAACAAUCAAAAAUGGCAGAUUUAUUUUCGAAGAUCAGUAUACAAGUUUGAAAAUAGGAGAUUACAUUUACUAUUGGACCUUCGUUAUUCGGAACGGUCUGGGUUAUAGAGAAGACGAUGGAGUUUACUUGGUUUCUAAGUAUUACUCUUCAGAAGAUGAAAUUGUUCUUUCUAGACCAACUAAAGCAAUAGUUGGAUAUAAUAGUCUAAGCUCUGAAAAUGUAAUACUUAACGAAAAAGACAACAGAAACUAUCAGUCAAGUAAUUUUCGACUAACUGAAAAUCAAAACAUUAACAAAAAGGACAAUGGGGCUUAUGUGACAAGAAAGUAUUUAUCACAGCCAGUUGCAGCAAUUUCUACAACAACUGAACGAACAUUUCAAUAUCCAACUUCCAGUUUACCAAGAACAACAGCAAGUCGUAAAAAUUUAGGUUUUAAACAAAAUAAUGGAAUAAUUCUAGUUUCCAGGACCUCAACUCCUUCGACACCAAUUCAAAGUUUUGGAUACCAAGUUCCGCAUGCUGAGUUUAGAAUAUUUCAUCCAAAAGGCUUUGAAGUUUCCAUCCCGGCCGAUAAAGGUGUUUCAUUAUUUGCAUUCCAUGGAAAACAUAACGAAAGAAUGAUUGGUUUAGAAGAUGGUAAAUGGUCCAAGGAUAUAACCACAAUAAAAGACGGAAGAUUCGUUUAUGAAGACCAUGAAACUAGAUUAAAGUUAGGAGAUAUCAUUUACUAUUGGACUUUUGUCAAUCAUAACGGUUUAGGUUACAGAGAAGACAAUGGAGAAUAUUUGAUAACACAGUUUUCGUCACAAUCCGAAAAUACAAUUUCUACUACCACUGAAUCAAGUGUUGGAUAUAAAGUUCCAAUCGCACAGUUUAAAAUAUUUUAUCCAAAAGGCUUUGAAGUUUCUAUACCAGCCGAUGAAAAUAUUACACUUUUUGCAUUUCAUGGUAAACUUAACGAAGAAAUGGAAGGUUUAGAAGCUGGACAAUGGGCCAGAGAUAUUGUCAAAGUUAAAUAUGAAAAAUUUACUUUUAAAGAUAAAGAAACUAGUUUAAAAAUUGGUGAUACUAUUUACUAUUGGACUUAUGUGGUUUACAAUGGGCUUGGAUAUAGAGAAGAUGAUGGAGUUUAUGUGGUAACUCAUUAUACUCCUCAGGAAGAAAAUUCAACUGCAAUAUUGUCUUUGAUUCCUGCGGUUCAUGAACCAUUACCUCCAAUAGUAUCGAUCAAUAAUAAACUUGGUUCAAGUGAAUGUAAAACAAGUAUUACAACGAUUAACAAUGGAAUUCCAAUUCGUUGUGCCGGAGAGAUUAUAUUCGAAGAGAAUUUCAAUGGGAAUAAUGUUGAUCCGAUCAAAUGGUCAAUGGAGAGACGUUUUGCCUUUCAGCCGGAUUAUGAAUUCGCUAUUUAUCUUCUUAACAAUGAAGUCCUUCGAGUUAAUAACGGAAUGGUAACUCUCAAGCCUAUUCCUUUAACAAGAAUCUAUGGUGCAGAUAUUUUAACGAAAGAAUUCAGUCUUGGACCAAAUUGUACUGGUAUUCUGGAUACAGAUGAUUGUGAACGAACAGCAAAUAGUCUUGAUAUUCUUCCUCCAUUUAUAUCGUCACAGUUUUCAACAAAAGCAAAAUUUAGUUUUCGACAUGGUAAAGUUGAAAUUCGUGCUAAAAUGCCAAAUGCAGCAUGGGUCUAUCCACAAUUAUUCUUGGAGCCAGUUGAUUCACGAUAUGGUGCAAAGAAUUAUCAAUCUGGUCAGAUGAGAGUGGCAUUUAGUCGCAGCAGUGGAGGUGAUUUAGUCAAUGAAUUAUUUGGUGGAGUUAUUCUGAAUGCUGAAUUACCUUUUCGCAAUGUGAAAAUGUGUAAAAGAACUGGUCCUCCAGUCGAUUGGUCAGCAGACUUUCAUGUAUAUAAAAUGGAAUGGUUGUCCAAUAGAAUAAUAUUCAGUGUUGAUAAUGAGGAGUAUUGUAGUGUGAGACCGGAUAACAAGAGAUUUUCUGACAUGCAAGUGAAUGGAAAAUAUCUACCGAAUAGAGAGUAUCUGAGAACGGGUUCGACAAUGGCACCGUUUGAUCAAGAAUUCUACAUCCGAUUGGGUUAUGGUAUUGGUGGACAUAAUGAUUUUCCAGAUAAUGCAUCGUUGUGGAUGAAAGAGAAACCAUGGACUAAUUUCCAUCCGAAAGCAAUGCGACAAUUUUGGAAUAAACAAAAGAAAAAUUGGAAUCAUUGGUUGGGGCCGGAUGCUGCAUUGAAAAUUGAUUACAUUAGGGUUUAUUCAAUUGCAUGAUAGAAUA